GUCUCCUCUUCUUACUGUUCUCUAAUCUAAAUCUAAUUUCACCUUUCCUACAAAACCUAAAACCUUUUUCUUAUUACACAACCUAAAAGUCUCUAAGUUUCUGACAAUGUCGGAAGAGUUCGACGAAUCUGAGAUCAUUUUCUCCGACAGCUUCUUCCCAAUUCGCCGCCGCGAGGACGUGAUCGAGAAAGAGAAUCGUCCGGUUAAUUUCCGAGAAAACUCCGAAAGCAGAAUGAGAAACACAUCGAGGCUGAGUAAAACGACGCCGUUGCCUUCACCGGCGGUUUUCUCAUCGUCGCUUCCAGUGAAUAUUCCGGGAAGGAGGUAUUCUGAGGAUGAGGAAUAUUCGGAAGACGGAGGAAGGAGAAUGGUUCCGCCGCAUCUGAUCGUUGGACGGAGGAUCGAAAGCGGUCAAAUGGCGUUUUCCGUUUGUACAGGUCAGGGAAGGACUCUUAAAGGCCGAGAUCUGAGCCGGGUUCGUAAUUCGGUUCUCAGGUUAACCGGUUUUUUGGAGGCUUAAAUAUGGACCGGUUUUUGAUUUAUUAAAAAAAUUCGUCUUCCAAUUUUUUUUUUAUUUAGCGGAAGAAAUCAGUUGUCUGAUAUUGUUGUUAGUUUAGUCACUUGAACGAAUGUCAAAAGGAAAAUGUCAAAAAGAACAUUUAUUUCUCUGUUUAUUUAUUUGAAUUCUUAUUUUUGAUUUCUCUCAAAUGUAACCGGAAAAUAAUUGAAGUUACUUUUUUUUAUCA